GGCUGGAGAUUGCUGCUCACUUGUUGCCUGGCAUUUGCCCUCCGAUGGAGUCUGAGAUGCUGCAGUCGCCUCUUCUGGGGCUUGGGGAGGAGGAUGAGUCGGACCUGACUGACUGGAACUUGCCUCUGGCCUUUAUGAAGAAAAGGCAUUGUGAGAAGAUCGAAGGCUCCAAGUCUUUGGCUCAGAGCUGGAGGAUGAAGGACCGGAUGAAGACUGUUAGCGUUGCCUUAGUUUUGUGCCUAAACGUCGGUGUGGACCCUCCUGACGUGGUGAAAACAACUCCCUGUGCCCGUCUGGAGUGUUGGAUCGAUCCUCUGUCAAUGGGUCCUCAAAAAGCUCUGGAAACCAUUGGUGCAAAUUUACAGAAGCAGUACGAAAACUGGCAGCCGAGAGCCAGGUACAAGCAGAGUCUUGAUCCUACGGUGGAUGAAGUUAAGAAACUGUGUACAUCUCUGCGUCGAAACGCCAAGGAAGAGCGGGUACUUUUCCACUACAAUGGACAUGGCGUCCCCAGGCCAACAGUAAAUGGGGAGAUCUGGGUCUUCAAUAAGAACUAUACUCAGUAUAUUCCUCUAUCCAUAUAUGACCUGCAAACUUGGAUGGGCAGUCCUUCCAUUUUCGUCUAUGACUGCUCUAAUGCUGGCCUUAUUGUCAAGUCAUUCAAACAAUUUGCACUACAGAGAGAGCAGGAGUUGGAGGUAGCUGCAAUUAACCCAAACCACCCACUUGCUCAAAUGCCGUUGCCUCCCUCCAUGAAGAACUGCAUUCAGCUGGCAGCCUGUGAGGCCAAUGAAUUGCUACCCAUGAUCCCUGAUCUGCCAGCUGACCUUUUCACAUCAUGCCUUACUACGCCGAUCAAAAUUGCUCUGAGGUGGUUCUGUAUGCAGAAGAGUGUCAGACUGGUGCCAGGAGUCACACUGGAUUUAAUAGAGAAGAUUCCUGGAAGACUGAAUGACAGGAGAACUCCCCUGGGAGAGCUGAAUUGGAUCUUCACCGCUAUCACAGACACCAUUGCGUGGAAUGUCUUGCCUAGAGAUCUUUUCCAGAAGCUCUUCAGGCAAGACCUGCUUGUGGCCAGUUUAUUUCGUAACUUUCUCUUGGCAGAAAGAAUUAUGAGAUCUUACAACUGUACCCCUGUCAGCAGCCCUCGUCUACCUCCAACGUACAUGCAUGCAAUGUGGCAAGCAUGGGACCUUGCAGUUGAUAUUUGCCUUUCCCAAUUACCUACAAUUAUAGAGGAAGGAACUGCCUUUAGGCACAGUCCCUUCUUUGCGGAGCAGCUGACGGCUUUCCAGGUGUGGCUGACCAUGGGUGUGGAGAACCGCAACCCCCCGGAGCAGCUCCCCAUCGUCCUGCAGGUGCUGCUGAGCCAGGUACAUCGGCUGCGAGCUCUUGAUUUGCUGGGAAGAUUUUUGGACCUGGGUCCCUGGGCAGUUAGCUUGGCCCUGUCUGUUGGCAUUUUCCCGUAUGUGCUGAAGCUACUUCAAAGUUCAGCUCGUGAGCUGAGACCACUCCUUGUCUUCAUCUGGGCCAAAAUUCUGGCAGUGGACAGUUCGUGCCAAGCUGACCUUGUGAAGGACAACGGUCACAAGUAUUUCCUUUCCGUUUUGGCAGAUCCUUAUAUGCCAGCUGAACACAGGACAAUGACUGCUUUUAUCCUGGCUGUAAUUGUUAACAACUACAACACUGGACAGGAAGCUUGCCUUCAAGGAAACCUGAUUGCUAUUUGCCUGGAGCAGUUAAACGAUCCGCAUCCUCUUCUGCGUCAGUGGGUGGCCAUUUGUUUAGGACGUAUUUGGCAGAACUUUGACUCAGCGAGGUGGUGUGGUGUGAGAGACAGCGCUCAUGAAAAGCUCUACAGUCUCCUCUCGGAUCCAAUCCCAGAGGUUCGCUGUGCUGCAGUCUUUGCGCUGGGAACAUUUGUGGGCAACUCAGCUGAACGGACCGAUCACUCCACCACCAUCGAUCACAACGUAGCCAUGAUGUUGGCCCAGCUCAUCAACGAUGGGAGCCCCAUGGUUAGAAAGGAGCUGGUGGUGGCUUUAAGUCACCUGGUGGUUCAGUACGAGAGCAAUUUCUGUACUGUCGCCUUGCAGUUCAUGGAAGAAGAGAAGAAUUACCCUCUCCCUUCUCCAGCUGCCACAGAGGGUGGGAGUUUGACACCAGUGCGAGAUGGUCCAUGUACACCGAGGCUGCGGUCCGUCAGCUCUUACGGGAACAUCCGAGCAGUUACCACGGCUAGGAACCUGAACAAGUCCUUGCAGAACCUCAGCCUGAAUGAAGAAUCUGGGAGCUCUGUUGCAUUUUCUCCUGGGAAUCUCAGCACCAGCAGCAGUGCCAGCAGCACCUUGGGCAGCCCUGAGAAUGAAGAGUAUAUCCUGUCGUUUGAGACUAUUGACAAGAUGAGACGAGUCAGCUCUUACUCUUCUCUGAAUUCACUAAUAGGUGUGAGUUUCAACAGUGUUUAUACCCAAAUUUGGAGAGUACUCCUUCACCUUGCUGCUGACCCCUAUCCUGACGUCUCCGACUUGGCCAUGAAAGUUCUCAACAGCAUUGCCUACAAGGCAACCGUGAAUGCUCGCCCCCAGCGCAUCCUCGACACCUCCUCGCUGACUCAGUCUGCCCCCGCCAGCCCCACCAACAAGGGCAUGCACAUCCACCAAGUGGGAGGGUCACCUCCAACCCCUAGUACAAGCAGCUCCAGCCUGACCAAUGACGUGACGAAACAGCCUGUCAGUCGGGACAUCGCAUCUGUAAGACCUGCCAAUGUCGGCAACAUGGGGGUUCAGUAUACUCCCCACUCCCACCAGUUCCCCAGGACAAGAAAAAUGUUUGACAAAGGGCCGGAACAGACUACUGACGACGCCGAUGAUACCGUUGGACACAAAAGUUUCAUUUCGGCCACAGUGCAGACCGGGUUUUGUGACUGGAGCGCGAAGUAUUUUGCUCAGCCAGUCAUGAAGAUCCCAGAAGAGCACGACCUGGAGAGCCAGAUUCGCAAGGAGAGAGAGUGGCGGUUUCUGCGCAACGCUCGUGUCAGGAAGCAAGCCCAGAAGAUCAUCCAGAAGGGUAUUUCCCGGCUGGAUGAUCAGAUCUUCCUCAACAGAAACCCCGGCGUGCCCUCCGUGGUGAAGUUCCACCCGUUCACGCCCUGCAUCGCCGUAGCUGACAAAGACAGCAUCUGUUUUUGGGACUGGGAGAAAGGGGAAAAGCUGGACUAUUUCCACAACGGGAACCCUCGAUACACCAGGAUCACAGCAAUGGAGUACCUGAAUGGACAGGACUGCUCCUUGCUGCUGACUGCCACAGAUGAUGGUGCCAUCAGAGUGUGGAAGAACUUUGCAGACCUGGAAAAGAACCCAGAGAUGGUAACUGCCUGGCAGGGGCUGUCAGACAUGCUGCCAACUACACGAGGAGCAGGAAUGGUAGUCGACUGGGAACAAGAAACCGGGCUCCUGAUGACAUCAGGAGAUGUGAGGAUAAUCCGGAUCUGGGACACAGAUCGGGAGAUGAAAGUACAGGAUAUCCCCACCGGAGCUGACAGCUGUGUGACCAGCCUCUCCUGCGAUUCUCAUCGGUCGUUGAUUGUGGCGGGGCUGGGAGACGGCUCCAUCCGCGUCUUCGACAGGAGGAUGGCUCUGAGCGAAUGCCGUGUCAUGACCUACCGGGAGCACACGGCCUGGGUGGUGAAAGCAUACUUGCAGAAACAUCCUGAAGGCAACAUCAUGAGUGUCAGUGUAAAUGGAGACGUGCGGUUCUUUGACCCCCGGAUGCCGGAGUCCAUGAAGGUCCUUCAGAUAGUCAAAGGCCUGACGGCCCUUGACAUUCACCCCCAAGCCAACCUUUUUGCAUGUGGCUCAAUGAAUCAGUUCACUGCAAUCUACAAUGGAAAUGGGGAGCUGAUCAACAAUAUCAAAUACUACGAUGGUUUUAUGGGACAAAGAGUUGGAGCCAUCAGCUGCCUGGCUUUCCAUCCUCACUGGCCUCAUCUGGCAGUCGGAAGCAACGACUACUACAUCUCGGUGUACUCAGUGGAGAAGCGGAUCAGAUAACGGCUCGUGGCAGCGGCACCGGAGAAGGGAGUCCCAGCGGGCAGGGCCGUGUCUCACCCAUAAUGUACAUAGUGAAAUUAUCGACUUGAAUGUUUAGUGUUGGCUGCUGCUGCGACCCAUAACUUGAACAUUUUUUUUCUGACUUAGCUACUGAUGAUUUUGACAAGGGGAAGAGAGACAAUCUCCAUUUUAUUUUUUUUUUCAGCUAUAUCCUCUAAAAGCUACAGAAAAGGAACAUUUUAUUUUUGUUUCCAGUGGUUGGCUUCUCUGUUAGAAACACGGCUCCUGCGCUUGGAAGGACUGGAUGAGGCACUACCCUUGAAAAGGGCUUUUUGUUUUAGUCUUUGUUUCUUUGUUUUGCUGGAGCGUAGGUUGCUUUACGGACUGAAGUCAGGACUCACCUACAGCUCUGUGCGUUCGGCCAGACCGCGGGACCCCUCCAGCUGGUGCCUGCCCUGUGCCAAACAGUAAUUCCUCCGACAGGGCAGCGAGACCCGAGCUGUCUGCCUGCGGAACAAUAUACGUGCUCCUGCACUGCCUGAGUGCGGGCAAGGGAGGCAGGAAAGAGUCUCCUCCGCACGAACCUUGUCCCCUCUGCAGCGUCCGCUCUAGUGGAAGCAGAGACAGAAGGCGUUGUGGUGGCAAGGGGAGGCAGGGAUCCUGAGGGAAGGGGCUUGAGGAGGUGACAGGAGCAGGGCAGGAUGCCACCGUACCAUAAGGUUGCACAUACAGGAAGAAGAGGGAAGUAGGAGAACGGACAUCUCUAACGUCCCAACAAACCUGGAGCAAGUCACUCACGUAACCACUUUCCACCCAGGCGCACGGUGCUGGUGAGGAGGUCUGGGGUAUCUCAGUCACUGUUACUUCUGCAGUCACUGUCCUUCUGCCCACACUGAACUCCACAAACACGUUUGAUAGCCCAGCGAGCGAGGGAGGCUCCAGGGUCAAGCCACGGGCUUUCGUCUCGCUCCGAUGUGCUAAUAUUCAGCAAGGUGAUGGUCAGGAGAAUUUGCACGCUUGCUGCUGGGUGUAUGCAGCUGCACGCAUCAUGUGGAGGUGGCUGCGGCUUGUCUGUCUGUCCCUGCAGAACUGGGCACGUAACCACAGGCGCUCUGAGCACAAGAGAGUCACUAAAGAGGGGGAGGACAACAGGUCACCCUGCUUUGAGCAAAACAGCUUUGUCCCAGCUGUCUCGGGGAAAGCCUGCUCCAUCUUCACACUGUCCACGUCUGAGUAAUGAAUGUUUCUGUCCCUUGAAAUCCGUGAUGGGUCUGGAGGUGGGUGUGGGGAAGGGGAAGGCAAAGCCAAAGGGCGGGUUUCUGUCAAGUGAUUGCUGCCGAGGUGCGAUUUAGCUGGCCAAGAACAGAACUCGCACUGUGCAAAAAUCACUGCAGCGACAAAGGUUGACCUGCUGAGUCCAGAAGUCCCCAGUUUUCCUUCCAGCCGGUAUCACAGGGUCUGCAGGCUCCCAGCAAACUCUGCCAGCGGUGAGGCUGACGGUGAAAUACUAGUGAGGGAAGGGGUGAGAAAUGUUCUCUCCCUGUGCGGAUGGCAGCUUCACCUCUGCCGUGGUGCCUGCGGAGUGCGUCUGACCUGUCACUGCUCCUUGUACACCAGAUAAUCUUGUUUCCUAUGUGUCGAGGCAGCCGGGCCGCGCAGGGGUCGUGGAGCGGGC